AUGAUAGACAGUGAUAACAAAAGUAUAAAGAAUAAUAAAGAGAGUAUUUCGAAAGAAUACAAAUCAAAGGAUAUGAUAGAAGGAGACAAAGAAAGAAAGAAUGACAUAAUAAAAGAAUACAUAAAAAAUAUGAAUGAAGAAGAUUUCUUAUAUCUAAGUGAACAUUUAAAAAUAAGAUUAGAUAAUGAAAUAUUUAUGUCUCAAGAAUUAAAUGACUAUAUUAAUAAACAUAUUGAUAUAAUAUGUGAAUUACAUUUUAAAAAUUUUUUAAAAGAAAAACCUCAUAUGAAAAAUGUCUUUAUUGAUCUUACAUUGAAACUGAAAUAUUUAAGACAUUUGGAAUAUUUGAAAAGAAAAAAAAAAAAAGAUAAAGAAAAUAAAAAUAUAAAUAUAAAUAAAAAUAAAAAUAAAAAGGAGGAACAAAUAAAAGAAAAUAUGGAUGAAGUCAGGAAAAAUGAGUUAUAUCAAAGUAAUAUGCAUAACAAAGAUACAAUAAUAAAAUGUACAAAUAAUUUAAAAGAUAAAAAAGAUUUAUCAAAUAAAAAUAUAAUGGAGGAUAAUAAAAAUAUAUUGGAGGAUAAUAAAAAUAUAUUGGAGGAUAAUAAAAAUAUACUGGAUGAUAAUAAAAAUAUAGUUGAAUUAACCUUACAAGAUAUAUCAUCAGGAUACUCUGAAACAUCUUGCAAAUCUGUUAAUUCUCUAAAAUGUGGAAACUCUUCAUCAUCAUCUAGCUGUGAUGAUAAUAGUAGCUUUUUAUUUUCUUGUUCUUCUGAUUGUGAUGAAGAUACAUCAGAUGAAGAACUUUUAUCAUCCAUACAUUAUGAUAAAAGAGAAAUGUCUACAUUAAAAAGUUUGGAAAAAGCUAAAAAUGUAUAUUUUGCAUAUAUAAAUAAUAAAUUGAAAAAAUAUGAUAUAUUAGAUAAUUUUAAUGUUAAUUUCCUUGAACUAGUAAAUUAUAAUUUAUCUGAUAUAAAAUGGAAAGAUAAUAAUUUAAAAAAAUCAAAUGAAUAUAAAGAUAGAAUAAAAGAAUUCUUGUCAAAUGAAGAAAAUGUAAAGAAAAUUGAAUUAAAUCAAAGUAAAUUAAGAUCUGAUAUAUUAAAUUCCAUGUUUGGAUUCCAUAUUAUUAAUGAAACACAUCCAAUGAAAUUGCCAAUAAAAAAUAUGAACAAUUUAUCUUAUCAAAACGGAGAAGUAAAUAAUAUAUAUGCUUAUAAAUCCAACACAAAUAAAUAUCGUGUAUAUACAAAGCUUGGUCAGUUAUAUGAAAGUAAUGACAAUAUAAGAAAUAUGAAUUAUUAUAAUAAUAUGGAAAAUAUGAAUACUAAAGAUAAUAUAGAUAACAUAGAUAAUAUGAAUAUAUUAAAUGAAUGGGGCAAAAUUAUGGAUCAAAAUAUAAUCAAUGAAUCAACAUCUCCAGAAAUGGAUAAAAAAAAAAAAAAAAUAAACACAAAGAUAUUAUAUCAUAAUAAUGAAAAAAAUAAUAAUGAUAAUAUUAAUAUGUGUGGAGAACAUCACAAUAAUGUGAAACAUAAAAAAAAAAAAUCAACAUCCAAAUCUAAGCAUAUUUUUAAGAAUAAUGAAGUAUCCAUACAUUUUAAUGAUGAUAUAAAAAAAAUUGAACAUGUUGCAAAAAAGGAAUUACAAGAAUAUAUCAAACAAAUUUAUAACAAAUCAAAAAUUCAUAACAAGAUAUCCAGUUUGAAACAAUAUAUAUUAAUAACCCAUUGGAAAGAAUUAACCAAACAUAAUAAUUACAUGAGUUUAUUAUAUGAAGAAAAAAAACGGAAUUGUAAAAUAUUAGCAAAUUUAUGUUAUAAUCAAAUGAAAGCUAUAGAUCAGAAACGUAAAAUAAUUUUAGAAAAAGAAGAAAGAGAAAGAAUGAAAUUAUUAAAAGAUAAUGAUAUGGAAGCUUAUAUGAAGUUAAUUAAAACAGCUAAAAAUAAACGUUUACAAGAAUUGUUAGAUGUAACGGAUCAAUUUUUAAAUAAUAUGUCUAAAUGUGUUUUAUAUCAAAAAAAAGAAUCAUCAGAACAAAAUGUGCAUGAUUUUAUAGAUACUAAAAAUGAUGAAAAUAGAAUAUGUAAUAAAAGUCAUAAUGAGAAAGAUAAUGAUAAUAUACUUCCAAGUGUUCAUAGUUUGAGAACACAUUUACAAGAAACAAAUGGAUAUAAUAAUAAAAACUUAAAUGAGAAAAUAAUACAUGAAAAUAAUGAAAAGAAUACAACAAUAUGUAAUUAUAAAAAUGCUAGAGAAAAUUAUUAUAACAUAUCUCAUGUUAUUAAAGAAAAAGUAAAACAGCCAUCAAUUCUUAUAGGUGGAGAAUUAAUGAAAUAUCAAUUGGAAGGUUUAGAAUGGCUAGUUUCUUUAUAUAAUAAUAAUUUACAUGGUAUUUUAGCUGAUGAAAUGGGUUUAGGUAAAACUAUACAAACAAUUAGUUUAUUUGCAUAUUUGAAAGAAUAUAAAAAUAAUAUUAAUGUAAAAAAUUUAAUUAUAGUACCUUUAUCUACACUUCCAAAUUGGAUUAGUGAAUUUAAUAGAUGGUGUCCAUCAUUAAAAGUUAUAACAUAUAGAGGAAAUAAAUUAGAAAGAAAACAUCUAGCAAAAAAAUUAUUAGAAGAAUCAUUUGAUAUAUGUAUUACUACAUUUGAUUUUAUUAUAAAAGAGAAAUCAUUUUUAAUGAAAAUAUCAUGGAAUUAUAUAGUUGUUGAUGAAGGACAUCGAAUGAAAAAUAAUAAAUCACGUUUUCAUAUAUUCUUAUCCGAAUUUAAAAGUAAAUAUCGUAUAUUAUUAACUGGAACUCCAUUACAAAAUAAUUUAUCCGAAUUAUGGUCACUUCUUAAUUUUCUUUUACCAAAAAUAUUUUCUUCAUGUAUAAAUUUUGAAAAUUGGUUUGUCAAAUCAUUACAUAAUGAAAAAGAUAUUUAUGAAAAUAUAACAGAAGAAGAACAACUUUUAAUAAUAAAUAGACUACAUAGUGUUCUCUUACCUUUUAUGUUAAGAAGAGUUAAAAAAGAUGUUUUAAAAUCAUUACCCAAAAAAUAUGAAUAUAAUAUACAUAUUGAAUUAUCUCUAUAUCAAAAAAUUUUAUAUAAACAAAUACAAACCAAAGGUUUCAAACAAGUUAAUCAUAAUGGUUCUAUAACAACAAAAAUUUUUCAAAAUAUUGUCAUGCAAUUAAGAAAAAUUGUUAAUCAUCCAUACUUAUUCUUAUAUGAUUAUAACAUUGAUGAAAAUAUCAUCAAAUGUAGUGGCAAAUUUGAAGUACUUGAUCGUAUGCUACCCAAACUUUUGAAAUUCAAACAUAAAGUUCUCAUAUUCUCACAAAUGACAAAACUUAUGAACAUUCUAUGUGACUACCUUGAAUUUAGGGGAUAUAAAUAUCAUAGACUCGAUGGAAAUAUUGGACUCCAACAGAGAAAAAAAAUUAUCGACCAGUUUAAUAAUAAUAUGGAAUAUGAGAAGGAUGCAACAAAACAGGAUAAUUCUGAAAUGUCAACAGGUAAAAAUAUGAUCACGUCAAGUAGUAAAAAUAUGAACAUGUCAAGUAGUAAAAAUAUGAACAUGUCAAGUAGUAAAAAUAUGAACAUGUCAAGUAGUAAACACAUGAUAACGUCAAGUAGUAAAAACAUGAUCACGCCAAGUAGCCAAAAUGUCAACAUGUCAAGUAGUAAAAAUAUGAACAUGUCAAGUAAUAAAAAUAUGAUCACGCCAAGUAGCCAAAAUGUCAACAUGUCAAGUAGUAAAAAUAUGAACAUGUCAAGUAGUAAAAACAUGAUCACGCCAAGUAGCCAAAAUGUCAACAUGUCCAAUCUCAAAAAGGAAGAAAUUAAUGAUUUCCAAAUUAUGGACGAAAAAAACCUGAAUGGCGGAAACGAAGAUGCAAUGAUAUUUAUUCUAUCCACAAGAUCAGGAAGUUUGGGUUUAAAUUUACAGACGGCUGACACAGUAAUAAUAUUUGACAGCGAUUUUAAUCCUCAUCAAGAUAUUCAAGCCAUGUGUAGGUGUCACAGAAUAGGUCAGAAAAAUGUGGUAAAGGUAUUUCGUUUUAUUACACUAUCGGGGGUCGAAGAGUUGGUUUUUAAAAAGGCUCAGCACAAACUGAGUAUAAAUGAUAAGGUAAUUCAGGCAGGUUUGUUUAAUAAAAUAUAUAAUGAUGAGGAUAGGCAGAAUAAAUUGAAGGAUAUUAUUCAAAGAAAUCAAAAGAAUGAUAUGACAAUACAUCCUACCAAUCCAUUGUUAUUAAAUUAUUAUAUGAAGAGGAAUGAAGAAGAAUUAGAAUAUUUCCUUGAAUUUGAUAAACAUUAUUUUGGGGAGCAAUAUUUUUCAUUAUUAAAUUCUUUGAAUGUAGAAAAUGUAGACAGUGGUCAAUUUACUUAUAUGAGUGAAGAUGAGAAGGAAGAAAAUGAAACAUAUUUGAGUUCAAUUAUAAAAAAGGAGAAAAAGGACGAGGAGGCAGAAGAGGAUGAGGAAGAUCAAAAGGAAAAGAAAAAGGAAAAAAAAAAGGAAAUAUUGAAUAAUAAUAAUAAUAAUAAUAAUAAUAAUGAUGAUGAUGAGAUAAAAAGUGGAAGUAAUAUAAACAAAGGAGCUAAAGGAAGAAUAUUGGAUGAAUAUUAUAAUGAUAAUACAAAAUGUGUAAACUUAUCAAAUGAUCGAUUGACAUUUAAAAGAAAACAUGAUAAUGAUGAUUUUCAAUGUGACGAUGAAAAAAUAAAACAAAAUGUAGAGUGUGACGUGGAUAAUAUAAUACAAAAUAAAAAUAGUAAAAGAUUAAAAAUGGAAUGUCAAAAGGAUGAUAAUAUAAAUGAUAAUAUGAAUGAUAAUAUAAAUGAUAAUAUAAAUGAUAAUAUGAAUGAUAAUAUGAAUGAUAAUAUAAAUGAUAAUAUAAAUGAUAAUAUAAAUGAUAAUAUAAAUGAUAAUAUGAAUGAUAAUAUAAAUGAUAAUAUGAAUAAUUUAAGUGUGGAUGAUAAAAAAAAGAAAACUAUAUAUCUUUCAAGUGAGAAUGAUGAUACAAAGGAAUAUUCAGAUACUCAUGAUCAAUAUAUAAAUGACAAAAUGGAAGUAAAAGAUGAAGAAGAUUAUUAUGGUUUUAUUUUAAAAGAAGAAAAUCAAAACGAUAUAGAAAAAAUAUUAAUUAAAAGCAAUAAAUUAAUAAAUAAAGAUGAAUUACCAGCUUAUUUAUUUUAUGAUGAUAGAAAUGAUUCUCCAGAUAAAAUAAAUCUUAAGAGAUCAAGAAAAGUAAUAAAUAUUAAUUUAAUGCAAGAAGAGAAAUUAACAGAAAAACAAUUUCUCAAAUUAAUUGAUUCCUCACCACCUAAAUUAUUAUCAAGUGUGGAAAAAGAUUUAAGUAGCUAUAAAAGAGAUAUAAUGAAAUCUGACAAUGAACAUAAUAAUGAUAUAACAACAAUAGAAGAAGUAAAAAAUAAAGAAGAGAUAAAAGAAGAAAAUAUUGAGAGAACAAAAAAUACAUCACCAUUAAAUAUAAACGAUUUACAGAUAAGUAAAAAUCUAACAAGCGAAAAUAUUCAUAGUACAAAAAAAAGUACUUAUAAUAUGAGAAGUUCUAAAAGAAGAAGUGACACUUCAUCAACAUAUAUGGAAACAAGUAUAAGAAAGAGAAAUGACAAAAAUAUUUCUGUGUGUUUAAAAAAAGGAAAUGUCUUAACAAAGGAGAAAAAAAAAAAUAACAGUAUGGACCAAAAUAUACAAGAAUGUCAAAUGAAUGAUGAAAAUAAGAAAAAAGUUAAAAGAAGAAAAAGUUCACAGUAA